CUCAGCCACUUUGAUGAGUACCUUACCAAGCUACCUAGGUAAUAUAUAAAGAUACGGCUGGGGAGCUGCACUGGAGAGAGUGUGAGAUACCAUGACACUCCGACCCAGAAUCUGGCCCAACCUCUCUUCGAUUUGCCAGGAUGUUGGAUUGGCUCAAGGAACUGGUUUAUGCUAGUAGCAAUGAGCCUUCCAAUAACGCACUUCCCAACAAUGAACCCGGCAUAAUCGAACUCCGCGGUCCCAAAGCCGUUGGGGUCGAAUGCCCUGCGGUUGAUCUUGUAUUUAUACAUGAUCUUACCGAAGACCGAGAAGCGCCAUGGAUGAUGCCCCAUUCCACUGAGUUCUGGGUGGACAAGCUUCUACCGGACGCCGCUCGUAUUCUCAUCUAUGCCUAUAACUGCGGCAAACUCGAUGCCUUGGGCGACUUCCUCGACCACCAGUUACUCGAAAGACGUGCAAAAGACUUUUUGUCGAGCCUACAAGAUCCAAUUCACGGCGUUGGUAAAAACGGGAAAGAUGAUCGGCCUGUGAUAUUCUUUGCCCACGGGUACGGCGGCCUCUUGUACGAGCAGGCUAUCGUCCUCGCUUGGGGCGCGGAUGUGACUAGAACCCCAAUUUUGCGCAGGCACGGGGCUUUCCUCUUCGACACACCCCAUCUUAGUGCCGGACUUGCGGAGUGGGCUGUUUUGUCCGCGACAAAAGUCAGUGUCCUUCGAGGAGAAACGGCUCAGUCAGUGCAUUGGGGUCCGUGGGAUGAAGAAUUUUGCCGCUUGUCUUGCAUGCAAAACAGGUUCAGGACCUACUGUCAGCGGAGCUCGCCGAAGUUGAGAGUCGCUGGUUGCUUUGCAACCUCCCCCCUCCCGAACGCGAAUCUUUCCUUAUCUUCCGAAUGGGCAUUGUUUCCUGAGUUCAGACCAAUCGCCGUCAUCGGCGACCAUUUCAGCAUGACGAAGCUUCGGCCAAAAGACGAAGCCUUUAACUUGAUAUCGACCUUGCUCAGGCGGUGGGUUUGCAAACUUCACGCGGACGCUAAGCCCAGGACACUCAUUACACAAGCGCCGGGUAAUGACCCAACGAGCAUGUCAGCGCCCAUAGCCGAGGCGAAAGCCCCGCGCAGGUUUUACCGUCUGCCGUUGUCAAUGCAGAACGCCAUUCGAGGAACCAUUAGGCUGGGCAGUUUCGUACGGAUGAGGGAGAGCGGAGGCCCAAUCUUCGUUUGCGCUGUACCAGAGACCAUUCUUCCAGGAAAUGGACACAUCGAAUCAUCUGCCAUGACUAGAGUGAACUUCGAUUGGAUCCACGCCCCGGCGGAUGACUUGCGUCUCUGGUAUGAGAUCACAGAACCGCUAAGGCGGCACCAAGCCCAAUUCCAAGCGAAGAGCGCUCCCGAGUUUCAAGGUAUUUCUACAGAGGAGUGGCAACCAGAUGAAGCGUAUCGAACGGCCGCGCUUGGUGUCACUCGUGCUCCCUUGGAAAAUUGGAAUGAACGGGCAGUCGGUGAACCCUAUCGCGAGUACCUCGUUACUUAUGUCAAGAAGGCAAAUGGUGCUGCGAUUCCCCAUGAAAGCAAAGGGCUCGAGAAGCACGUCGACUUCGAUGUCGCAGCGGAUGUGAGAAGAGUCAUGACUCGCCACUCCCUCGGAGAUUUUGAAGAUAUUGUGAUGGCCUUCGCGGUACAAGAGCUAUCUUGAUUUUCUAGGUAUACUCAACAAAAAACGGAAAAAUAAAAAACAAGAAAGAAACGAACGUCCUUGAAUUAGUUACGUGGGUACGUUAAAUAUCUCAGUAAGAUAACAUAGCUAAAGGUUUUUACACACUUGGGAUUGUCUUUAUAACGUGGGUUACGCAGGUGCCCUGGGUCGGGCUCGAACCCACAACCUUCAUUCUAUUCUGUUGCAUUACCCAAAAGUUGCCCUCGUCAGCCCCCGGCUGCUCCCAACACCCCUCGCCGCUUUUGCUCAGGUCCCGUCAGGG